UUAGGGUUAGGAAGAGAGAGAGAGAGAGAGAGCAGUGAAGGAAGGGCUAUGGUGAGGGAGGGAGUGUGGCGGAUGAUGCUGCUGCAGUAGUAGUGCUCUUCUUUUCUCAAUCACUCCUACUCCGCUCCCUCGGAGCUUCUGCUGCUGCUGUUGCUGGAAUUCCUCUUUGGCAGCCAUGGCCGUGGGGAAGAACAAGCGCAUUUCCAAGGGGAAGAAGGGAGGCAAGAAGAAAAUUGUCGAUCCCUUCUCCAAGAAGGAUUGGUAUGACAUCAAGGCACCCAAUACUUUCACUCAAAAGAACUUGGGAAAGACUCUCGUGACCAGGACCGCGGGAACGAAGAUUGCCUCCGAUGGGUUGAAGGGACGCGUGUUCGAGGUCUCGUUAGCCGACUUGCAGAAUGAUGAAGACCAGGCUUUCCGCAAAAUCAAGCUAAGGGCGGAGGACGUGCAGGGCAAGAACGUUCUUACCAACUUCUGGGGAAUGGACCUCACAACCGACAAGCUGCGGUCUCUGGUUCGCAAGUGGCAGAGUUUAAUCGAAGCUCACGUUGAUGUGAAGACCACUGACAACUACCAGAUCCGCAUGUUCUGCAUUGCAUUCACCAAGAAGAGGCCAAACCAGAUCAAGAAAACUUGCUACGCGCAAUCGAGCCAGAUUCGACAGAUUAGACGCAAGAUGAGAGAAAUUAUGGUGCGUGAAGCUCAGUCUUGUGAUUUGAAAGAGUUGGUUGCGAAGUUCAUACCUGAGGUGAUUGGAAAGGAGAUUGAGAAAGCAACGCAGGGUAUUUACCCACUUCAAAACACUUUCAUCAGGAAAGUGAAGAUUCUGAAGGCUCCCAAGUUCGACCUUAUGAAGUUGAUGGAGGUCCACGGAGACUACAGUGAGGAAGUCGGUGCCAAGAUCGAGCGUCCAGUUGGAGAUGAAGCAGAGCCUGUCGCUGAGGCAGCUCCUGUCCCUGGAGCUUAGGUUUCAGUUUUGGUCGUGUUCUUGGAUGAGAUUGAUUGGCUCGGUGCCGACUCUGUGGAGAAGUGGCACCACACGAAGUGGUAGAAUCAUUGUUGAAUACGGAUAGAGUAGCAUUUUGAAAGCGUUUUUAAUGACAGUAUUUGAGAAUGUUGAGCUGUGUGCUAUGGACGUGUUUUUCGUAUUUCUCUGCGUUGUCUGCAUAUGACUGUUCUGGAAUAGCGGCUACGAAACAUCAAAUUCUUCAGCAUUCUUACUUGCAUCCUUCUAUUCUUAAUUGGAAAGUAAACUAAUUUCCAACGAC